UGUGAGGCCGAGCCGGGAGCGGGUGUCGGAGCGGGUGUCGCGUCGAAGCCCGGGCCGGAGGGGAGCAACGGCCACAGACACUGCGGGCCCGGGUCGUUGAGGGUCGAGGGCGGGCGGGGAGCGCUGGGCGCUCCGGCCGGGCCUGCCGGCGCCAUGGGCAACCGCGGGAUGGAAGAGCUGAUUCCGCUGGUCAACAAGCUGCAGGACGCCUUCAGCUCCAUCGGCCAGAGCUGCCACCUGGACCUGCCGCAGAUCGCCGUGGUGGGCGGCCAGAGCGCCGGCAAGAGCUCGGUGCUCGAGAAUUUCGUGGGCCGGGACUUCCUUCCCCGAGGUUCAGGAAUUGUCACCAGGCGGCCUCUCAUUCUGCAGCUCAUCUUCUCAAAAACAGAAUAUGCCGAGUUUCUGCACUGCAAGUCCAAAAAGUUUACAGACUUUGAUGAAGUCCGGCAGGAGAUCGAAGCGGAGACAGACCGAGUCACGGGGACCAACAAAGGCAUCUCCCCAGUGCCCAUCAACCUGCGGGUCUACUCGCCACAUGUGCUGAACUUGACCCUCAUUGACCUCCCGGGCAUCACCAAGGUGCCCGUGGGGGACCAGCCCCCAGACAUCGAGUACCAGAUCAAGGACAUGAUCCUGCAGUUCAUCAGCCGGGAGAGCAGCCUGAUCCUGGCUGUGACGCCCGCCAACAUGGACUUGGCCAACUCCGACGCCCUCAAGCUGGCCAAGGAGGUCGACCCCCAAGGCCUGCGGACCAUCGGCGUCAUCACCAAGCUCGACCUGAUGGACGAGGGCACCGAUGCCAGGGACGUCCUGGAGAACAAGCUGCUGCCCUUGCGGAGAGGCUAUAUCGGCGUGGUGAACCGCAGUCAGAAGGACAUUGAGGGGAAGAAGGACAUCCGUGCGGCGCUGGCGGCCGAGAGGAAGUUCUUCCUCUCCCACCCUGCGUACCGGCACAUGGCCGACCGCAUGGGCACCCCACAUUUGCAGAAGACCCUGAAUCAGCAACUGACCAACCACAUCCGGGAGUCAUUGCCCAACCUGCGCAGCAAGCUGCAGAGCCAGCUGCUGUCCCUGGAGAAGGAGGUGGAGGAGUACAAGAACUUCCGGCCCGACGACCCCACGCGCAAAACCAAAGCCCUGCUGCAGAUGGUCCAGCAAUUUGGGGUAGACUUUGAGAAGAGGAUUGAGGGCUCUGGAGACCAAGUGGACACGCUGGAGCUCUCGGGGGGCGCCCGUAUCAACCGCAUCUUCCACGAGCGCUUUCCCUUCGAGCUGGUGAAGAUGGAGUUUGAUGAGAAGGACUUAAGACGGGAGAUCAGCUAUGCCAUUAAGAACAUCCAUGGAGUCAGGACUGGGCUUUUCACCCCGGACUUGGCGUUCGAGGCCAUUGUGAAAAAGCAGGUGGUGAAGCUGAAAGAGCCCUGUCUGAAAUGUGUGGACCUGGUUAUCCAGGAGCUAAUCAAUACAGUUAGGCAGUGUACCAGUAAGCUCUGCUCCUACCCCCGGUUGCGAGAGGAGACAGAGCGAAUCGUCACCACAUACAUCCGGGAGCGAGAGGGGAGGACCAAGGACCAGAUUCUUCUUCUGAUCGACAUCGAGCAGUCCUACAUCAACACAAACCACGAAGAUUUCAUUGGAUUUGCCAACGCCCAGCAGAGGAGCACGCAGCUGAAUAAGAAGAGAGCCAUCCCCAACCAGGGGGAGAUCUUGGUGAUCCGAAGGGGCUGGCUGACCAUCAACAACAUCAGCCUCAUGAAGGGCGGCUCCAAGGAAUACUGGUUUGUGCUCACGGCCGAGUCGCUGUCCUGGUACAAGGAUGAAGAGGAGAAAGAGAAGAAGUACAUGCUGCCCCUGGACAACCUCAAGAUCCGGGACGUCGAGAAGGGCUUCAUGUCCAACAAGCAUGUGUUCGCUAUCUUCAAUACAGAGCAGAGGAACGUCUACAAGGACCUGCGGCAGAUCGAGCUGGCCUGUGACUCCCAGGAGGACGUGGACAGCUGGAAAGCGUCAUUCCUGCGCGCCGGCGUCUACCCUGAGAAGGACCAGGCGGAGAACGAGGACGUGGGGCAGGACACCUUCUCCAUGGACCCACAGCUGGAGCGGCAGGUGGAGACCAUCCGCAACCUGGUGGACUCAUACGUGGCCAUCAUUAACAAGUCCAUCCGCGACCUCAUGCCAAAGACCAUCAUGCACCUCAUGAUCAACAACACCAAGGCCUUCAUCCACCAUGAGCUGCUGGCCUACCUGUACUCGUCGGCUGACCAGAGCAGCCUCAUGGAGGAGUCGGCUGACCAGGCACAGCGGCGGGAUGACAUGCUGCGCAUGUAUCACGCGCUCAAGGAGGCGCUCACCAUCAUCGGUGACAUCAGCACCAGCACUGUGUCCACGCCCGUGCCCCCGCCUGUCGACGACACCUGGCUACAGACCACUGCCAGCCACAGCCCCACCCCACAGCGUCGACCUCUGUCCAGUGUGCACCCGCCUGGCCGGCCACCAGCAGUGCGGGGCCCCACUCCUGGGCCCCCCCUGAUUCCCAUGCCCGUGGGGGCUGCAGCCUCCUUCUCGGCGCCCCCCAUCCCGUCCCGGCCUGGACCCCAAGUGUUUGCCAACAAUGACCCCUUCUCAGCCCCGCCGCAGAUCCCAUCUCGGCCAGUGCGGGUACCUCCUGGCAUCCCCCCAGGAGUCCCCAGCAGAAGACCCCCUGCCGCGCCCAGCCGGCCCACCAUUAUCCGGCCCACCGAGCCCUCGCUGCUCGACUAGGCUGCUCGCUCUCGGGGAGGGGCAGGCUCUCAGGGCCCUCGUUCACCCGGGUGCAGGAGCUCCAGAAGCCUGGGUCCCCCUUGUCGCCCCAGCCCUCGUGCAGGGACUGGGCUCCCGGGGCAGCCCUGCCCCUCCCCAGCCCCACUGGACACCACACUGUGCGAAGGGCCAAAGGCCCGGGCAGGGGUGCUGGGGCAUUGCACUUUGAGGGUGGGGUCUCGGGGUGCCAGCUGCACUCUGGGUGCCAUCUUGAAGCAGGGGUCCAGGCCAGCUUGGGGUUUCUCCGGCUGGGGCAACUCACAUAGAACGGGCCAUCUGGAAGGUGGGGAGCCAGGGCAUCUGUGUCCCCAGGCCUUAUUGAGGCUCUCAUGGGGUCCUCCACCCGGCCCACAUUGUACAUAUUCCUUCCUCGGCCACAUUAACCACACAGCCAGAGUCUGGCCUGCCUCGGCCACCAGAGGUGCCUUUGCCGAGCCUGGAGUCUCCGCCAGGCCAGCCUCACUCCCUCCUCUGCCCACCUCCUGGGCCCCCCCGUUAAGAGUUGAGGGUUUUGGGGGGGCCUGGGUGCCCCUCUCUGAGCAGACCUCUCGCUCACUCCCAGCUCGGUUUGACCACUGUAAGUGCCUGCGCUCUGUACCCUAUUAAUAAACUAAAUAAAGGGAAGAACCUUCUG